CACACACACACACACACAUGUAUUUUCCAUAGCUACCCUUUUAAAAGCUUUUUGUCUUCAAGAACCUUGAUCAUGGUUUUAAAGAAAGGCCUGCACUAGUUGAAGUACUACACUCAACAUCAACACUCACUACCCUUAAUUAACUCUUAUUUUAGGGUAAUUAUUGAUUAGAUAUAGCUAGCUGCAAAAAAACUGAUUCUAUGGCAGUCCAACAAUCUCUUGAACUAGCUAGUAGUGGAUCCUGCAACGACGACGUCGAUGGAAAACUCGUAAUUCGAGAUGGAACAUUGUUCAGUUGUGUGGCUCAUAUCAUCACCGCGGUUAUUGGCGCUGGGGUGCUGUCUCUGGCGUGGAGUACGUCUCAGUUGGGAUGGAUCGGAGGGCCAGUUGCUCUGCUUUGCUUUGCCAUAAUCACCUACGUCUCUUCCUCCCUCCUUUCUGAUUGUUACAGGUCACCUGACUCUGUCACUGGGAAGAGAAACCGCUCGUAUAUCGAAGCAGUGAGAGUGAAUCUCGGUGAAACUCAUACAUGGGUUUGUGGUUUGCUCCAAUAUUUGAGCUUGUGCGGGGCAGGUAUUGCCUAUGUCAUUACCACUGCAACAAGUAUGAGAGCAAUUCAGAGAUCGAAUUGUUAUCACGAAAAGGGGCAUCAGGCCGCAUGUUCAUAUGGGGAUAGUCUGUACAUGUUGCUAUUCGGGGCUCUCCAGAUUGUGGUGUCACAGAUACCAGAUUUCCACAACAUGGAAUGGCUUUCUGUUGUAGCUGCAAUCAUGUCCUUUACCUAUGCUUUUAUUGGAUUUGGGCUUGGCUUUGCAAAAGUCAUAGAAAAUGGAGAAAUUCAUGGGAGCAUUACUGGAGUUCCAGCCUCAAGUGUAGCCAACAAAUUAUGGUUAUGCUUCCAAGCACUUGGGGACAUUGCUUUUGCCUAUCCAUACUCCAUUAUCCUUCUUGAGAUUCAGGACACGUUGAAAUCCCCUCCAGCAGAAAACAAGACCAUGAAGAAGGCUUCUAUGAUUGCAAUAUUCGUAACGACAUUUUUCUACCUCUGCUGUGGAUGCUUCGGAUACGCGGCUUUCGGGAAUAACACGCCCGGAAACCUCUUGACAGGAUUCGGAUUCUAUGAACCUUACUGGCUUAUAGAUUUUGCUAAUGCUUGCAUUGUUCUGCAUUUGGUGGGAGGAUAUCAGAUUUACAGCCAGCCAGUGUUCGCAGUUGUUGAGAGAUGGUUAGGAAAGAAAUUUCCAAACAGUGGAUUUGUGAACAAUUUCUACAAUCUCAAGUUGCCAUUUUUGCCACCAGUUCAGCUAAAUCCCUUGAGACUGUGCUUCAGAACUGCUUAUGUAGUUUCCACAACUGGGAUUGCAGUGCUAUUUCCUUAUUUCAACCAAGUUUUGGGAGUUUUAGGGGCUCUAAACUUUUGGCCUCUAGCUAUAUAUUUCCCUGUGGAAAUGUACUUCAUACAAAAGAAAAUAAGGCCUUGGACUAGAAAAUGGUUUGUUCUUAGGACUUUAAGCUUUGUUUGCCUUCUUGUCACUGUUGUGGGCUUGAUUGGGUCAUUUGAAGGACUUAUAAGUGCUAAAUUAAGUUAGAGGUAUUUAAUAAUUUGAUGUGAUAUAUAUUUAUAUAUAUAUAUAUUGUAUAAUUAUUCAUCAAUGAAAGUACACUUAUUGUAAUUGUAGCACAAAAAUGAAAAGAACAUAAAAUUUAUAU